CUCUGCUCUAGGACCUGAGCUUCACCUGACUGUCACUGGGAGACCUUCUCACCUCCAACCUCAUGUUGCUGUGGCUACUGCUUCUGGUCCUCGUUCCUGUCGGCAUCCGGUCAGAUUGGCUAAGCAUCGAGAUGCCACGCCAUGCCUAUGAAGGAGACCGGGUGGUUGUGGCGUGCUCUGGAGAAAACAAUAGUAAAAUAAAAAGACUGAUGUACUACAAGAAUGGACAUCGGAUAGCCACUUACCACAGUGCCUCAAGCUACACCAUUUCAAAUGCAAGAUCCAGUGACAGCGGCUCCUAUUACUGUAAGGCAGAUAGGACAUGGUUCUUAUUUGUGGAUACGACAGAAGAAACAACAUCUGUACGGCUUACUGUUCAAGAGCUGUUUCCAGCACCUCGUCUGACAGUCAGACCCUUGCUGCCCACGGAGGGGAAUUCAGUGACCCUAUCUUGUGAUACCCGACUCGCUCCAGAUAGGUCAAGGACCCAGCUUCGGUACUCCUUCUUCAGGGAUGGCCAUGCCCUGAAGUCAGGCUGGAGCUCAUCAGAGUUUGGGAUCUCGGCAUUAUGGAAAGAAGACUCAGGAUAUUACUCGUGUGAGGCAAUGACAGCCACCCGCAGUGUCUCAAGGCGGAGUCUUCAAUCCCAUGUAGAAGUGCAGAGGAUCCCUGUGUCUGGAGUGCUCCUGGAGACCCAGCCCCCGGGAGGGCAGGCCUUUGAAGGAAACAGGCUGGUCCUUGUCUGCUCUGUGGCUGAAGGCACAGGGGAGAUCACAUUCUCCUGGCAUAGAGAGGACACAGGGGAGAGCCUGGGAAGUAAAAGUCAGCGUUCCCAGAGAUCAGAGCUGGACAUCCUUGUUAUCGGGGAGAGCCAUGCUGGGCGAUACUACUGUACAGCUAAAAGUGACGAUGACCUCAUCCAGAGCGAGGCGGUCAACAUCACCGUGAGAAUUCCAGUGUCACAGCCUGUCCUCAACAUCAGUGCUCCUGGGGCCCACACCUAUAUUGGGGACAUAGUGGAGCUUCAUUGUGAAGACAAGAGAGCAUCUCCCCCUGUUCUAUACUCGUUUUACCAUGAAAAUGUCUCCCUGGGAAACAUCUCAGUGUCUUCUGGAGGAGGAGUGUCCUUCACCCUCUCUCUGACUACAAAUCGUUCUGGGAACUACUUCUGUGAGGCCGACAAUGGUCUGGUGGCCCAGCGCAGUGAGGUGGUGGCACUCAACGUCACAGAGGCCCCAUUCAAAGUCCGCUUGGUGAAUGGUCGUCACCGCUGUGAAGGGCGAGUGGAGGUGGAACAGGAUGGUCACUGGGGCACUGUGUGUGAUGAUGGCUGGGACAUGAAGGAUGUGGCUGUGUUGUGCCGGGAGCUGGGCUGUGGAGCAGCCAAGCAUACACCUGCAGGCAUGUUAUAUCCACCAGUGGCAGAAGAAAACCAACCUGUGUUUAUUCAGGUAGCCCUGUGCAAUGGGACAGAAGAGGCACUGGCUGAAUGUGAGCAGGUUGAAGCCUUUGACUGUGGGCAUGAUGAGGAUGCAGGUGCCGUGUGUGAAGGUGGUGAUGGCAGGGACUGGGGAACAGAAAUGGGCUAACUUAGCUCUGAGGCUCUUCUGUAUGCUGUCACCUCCAAUUCACCUUACUGCUCAUCAUUGCCACUUCCUCCCUCAGACACACUUACUCAUUCCACACUAUAAUGUGGUCAGGACAACAGCAUUAGUUCAUAUUAGGUUAUUCCAUGGUCAUAAAGAACUCUUCUAUACAUUCUAUUAUUAGCUCAUACCUGCCAUCUCAGAAGACACGACAUUGAUAUUUUAAUGGCCAUGAAUUAGAGCAUAAUGUCAGAAAAAUAAUGAAGAACCUAUAGAAUUACACAAUUUUGUGAUUUUAAUCCAGGUCACACUGUACACUAAUUUUGAGAAAAAAAGAACAAAG